UCCUUUCCCUCCGACUAUGACCAUCUCAUCCUCCCUCCGCCACCGCACUUGCUCGCCGGAAUGAAAUCCUCCGGCGAGAUCUUGGAGGUCCGCUCCACCGGUCGCAAAGAUCGACACAGUAAAGUAUGCACUGCAAAAGGUCCGAGAGAUCGCCGUGUUCGUCUUAGCGCUCACACCGCCAUUCAAUUCUACGACGUGCAAGACAGACUCGGCUAUGAUCGUCCAAGCAAAGCAGUGGACUGGCUUAUAAAGAACGCAAAAUCUGCCAUUGAUGAGCUCGGUCCUGCUUCUAUAAGAAAUCCCGUACCUGCGGCUGAAGACUCUGGUUCUGCUUCCUUUACCUUCGAUGCACCACCAAAUAGCUCGCAGGAUCUCCACCUUUCUCUCCAAUCCUUCCAAGAUGACAUCUUUAGCAAUCAAAACCCUGUUUUUUUCGAUAACUGUAAUUCUGUGGGAUUAUCAGAGCAGAACCAGAGAAUGGCUUCAAGGAACGCUAUGGUGUUUAGCCCUGCUCAGAUUUUUGCACAGAGGGAACCCCUUCAGUCCAGUAACUUACCCUUGUUUCGUCCAUGGAUGGAGACUAUGGAUCAGGAAAUGCUCAAUCCAUCGUCUUCCUCUGUUGGAUUUUCAGGUUUUCGCAUCCCUGCUAGGAUUCAAGGAGAAGAAGAGCUUGACAGUAUGUCACAUACGCUGUCUUCUCGUUCCUCUAGUUCGUAUCACUAG